UAACAAAUGGUAUUUUAUUGUACUUAUUAGAAAUGAAAAUUUUGCUUUUAAUAUUAGACACAACUACUUGAGCCCGUCAAAAUGAAUGUAAAAUUGGUAAUAAUACCGAUGAUGAUAUUUAAAUGCGACAGAUAAGAUUAUACAAGUAGCCUAAUCUUUUAAUCCGUCAAUAAGCGAAUACCUAUCCAUUUCUAGUAAGUUUUCGUACGGGGAUUUAAGAACGUACAGAUUUGUUUAAAAUGCCGAUUUGUUGUCGAAGCGAUGUUAACCUUCCCGACCAAGAUGAUAGCAGGAAAUACACGAGAGACUUCAUGGAAACGAAGAAAAUCCUACUUCUGGGCACUGGCGAAUCCGGCAAGACCACUAUUAUAAAGCAAAUGAAAAUUUUGCAUAUCAAUGGAUUUUCCGAUGACGAUCGCAGAGAAAAAAUUCCAAACAUCAAGCAAAACAUCCACGAAUCGAUUUUCGAUAUAGUUAACAAUAUGGAUAAAAUUCAGCCUCCUGUUAGACCAAAGACAGCCGAAGCAGAAAAAUCGAUUGAAUAUAUUUUAAAUUUAGGCUCUAAUACACCUAGUGACUUCACCGAAGAAUAUUUUAAUCAAGUUAAAAUAGCUUGGAACGAUGAGGGGGUACAACAGAGUUUUGAACGCUCAAAUGAAUAUCAACUAAUAGAUAGUGCUGGUCAUUUUCUCAAUCGAAUCGAUGAAGUACAAAAACCAGAUUAUAUUCCUGACAAUCAAGAUAUUCUGUUUUGUCGUAUCGAAACGAGAAGCAUAUCGAAAAUAGAAUUUGAGGUGCCCCUUUCAAAGUUCCAAGGGGGACAAGCAAGAUUUUGGAUGUACGAUGUUGGCGGACAGAGAGGACAUAGAAAACGAUGGAUUCAGGUGUUCGAUGGAAUACAAGCCAUUUUGUUUUUAAUCAGUGCUAGCGAUUUUGAUCAAAGACUAAGAGAAGAUCCUACUAAAAAUCGUUUGCAAGAGGCAUUUGACUUAUUUAAUGAUAUUCAUAGAAGCAAAUUUGUGAGGGAGGCUGGUUUAAUAGUAUUUCUCAAUAAACAGGACCUAUUGGAAAAGAAAAUAUUAACGCAACAUCGAAAAGUAGAACAAUAUUUUCCGGAAUACGCAAAUUAUGUACCAGAUAAAAAAGAAAAUUGGGAUGGUAGUAAUGAAUAUGACAGAGCUAGAUUGUUUAUGAAACAUAAAGUUAUGAGUAUUGCAUCUUCUCCGAUUAAAAUUGAAAAUGUUGGAUUUGUGCCUGGUUAUAAUAUAAAUCAAGAACUGCCGCCAAGAGAUGUCUACGUCCAUUUUACAAUUGCUACAGAUACUAAUAACAUAAGAAAAGUAUUUGAAACUGUAAGGGAAAUUAUAUUAAAAGAAAUUACUACUGUAGCAUUUUACUAACAGGGAAGACUAAACACUUUCUGUUUUUAGAUGUAAAAUAAUGAUGAUAAGCUUCAUUGUUUUUUUUAUUUUUCAUCUUAAUGAAUAAAAUUUAAAUUUGUAUAUUACACAAUUAAAUAUAUUACUGUAACUUCAUUAAUAAAACAUUUUAAAUAAUAAAACUCACUUAAGUAA